UCAGAAACUGAAAAAAAAGGUGUUGCCGUGCUGCGCUUCAAAUGGCUGCUUCACUCUUCGAGCCGCCAUUUUCACCCAACAAUUCCUUCUCUUCUUUCCCAACAAUCAGACCCAAUCCCAAUAGCUUCUUUCUCCGCCUCCCCACCGCCGCGUCUCCUAUCUGUCUCUGCGCCGCCGAUGAUAUCACCGCCGCGGAGGAGCAGAGCCAGAGGAGCACAGACCGAAGAGAGGUGGUACGUGUGGCGUGGGAAAAGCUCCUCCGCUGGUCCCGCUCGUUGCGCUCUAAGGCCAAAACCGAUGUUCUUGAACGCACCAAUAAGGUUGUGGUGCUUGGAGGUGGUUCUUUUGGAACUGCUAUGGCAGCUCAUGUUGCUGAUAGAAAAUCUCAGUUGCAAGUUCAUUUGCUUGUAAGAGAUGCUCAAGUUUGUCAAUCCAUUAAUCAGACUCAUCUUAAUUGUAAGUAUUUUCCAACACACAAGCUGCCAGAGAAUGUUGUUGCCACCACAGAUGCUAGAGAAGCUUUACAGGGUGCUGACUUUUGCUUCCAUGCUGUGCCUGUCCAGUUCAGUGCCUCGUUCCUUGAGGGCAUUGCUGAAUUUGUUCAUCCAACCCUUCCUUUUAUUUCCCUCAGCAAAGGCUUGGAGCUUAAUACAUAUAGAAUGAUGUCUCAAAUAAUUCCUCGAGCAUUGAGAAAUCCUCGCCAGCCCUAUGUGGUUCUAUCUGGCCCUUCAUUUUCACUCGAGCUGAUGAACAAGUUGCCCACAGCUAUGGUGGUGGCAUCCAAGGACAAAAAUAUGGCAAAUGCUGUUCAGCAACUUCUUGCUUCUAGGAACAUGAGAAUCAACACUUCAAGUGAUGUUACAGGGGUUGAAAUUGCAGGUGCUCUUAAGAACGUACUUGCUAUAGCUGCUGGGAUUGUAGAAGGGCUUAAUCUCGGGAAUAACUCCAUGGCAGCUCUGGUCACACAAGGGUGCUCUGAGAUAAGAUGGCUGGCAACAAAGAUGGGAGCCAAGUCCACAACACUGACUGGUUUGUCUGGAAAUGGAGACAUCAUGCUCACGUGUUUUGUGAAUCUUUCAAGAAACAGAAGGGUUGGUGUUCGUCUUGGAUCCGGUGAAAAACUUGAUGACAUUCUCAGUUCUAUGAACCAGGUGGCUGAAGGCAUAUCCACAGCAGGAGCUGUGAUUGCAUUAGCACAGAAAUAUAAGGUUAAGCUGCCGGUGUUGACAGCAGUUGCUCGCAUUGUUGAUAACGAACUGACUCCAACAAAGGCUGUCUAUGAACUAAUGAAUCUGCCACAGGUUGAAGAAGUUUAGGUGUUGGUGAAGAUCACACAUAUACUACAUUCACACAUUAUUUGACAUGAGAAGAUAGGCUGCAGAGUUUUGGCUUCUUGAUGAUUACUUGUUUUUUGGGUUGUAUAGAAGAAGCAAGUUUUACUGAGAAUCAUCAAUUGGGCAUUAAGUUUCGAGAUUCCAGAUGUUCAUAAAGGGAUGUUAUGUAGUACGACCUUCAGUUGAGCUGGUAUCCAUGUGGAUGUUGUAGAA